GACAUGGGCGUCCUCCCGGUCCUGGAGGCCGGCGGCCGGCGCUGGCGGCCCCUGCUUCUCGCUCUCUUCCUCGCUGCGUCCCGAGGUCUGGCGGUAGCCUUCAAGGUUGCCACGCCGUAUUCCCUACAUGUGUGUCCCGAGGGGCAGAACGUCACCCUCACCUGCAGGCUCUUGGGCCCUGUGGCCAAAGCGCACGAUGUGACCUUCUACAAGACAUGGUACCGCAGCUCGCGGGGUGACGUGCAGGUCUGCUCGGAGCGCCGGCCCAUCCGCAACCUCACGUUCCAGGACCUUCACCUGCACCACGGAGGCCACCAGUCCGCCAACACCAGCCAGGACCUUGCCCAGCGCCACGGGCUGGAAUCGGCCUCCGACCACCAUGGCAACUUCUCCAUCACCAUGCACAAUCUGACCUUGCUGGAUGGCGGCCUCUACUGCUGCCUCGUGGUGGAGAUCAGGCACCACCACUCAGAGCACAGGGUCCACGGGGCCAUAGAGCUGCAGGUGCAGAAAGGCAAAGACACAACAUCCAAAUGCAUCGCGUACCCACCCGCCCCUCAGGAGAGUGAAAGCAUCACAGCUGCGGCCCUGGCAACGGGUGCUUGCAUCGUGGGGAUCCUCUGUCUCCCUCUCAUCUUGCUCCUGGUCUACAAGCAAAGGCAGGUGGCCUCCAACCGCCGUGCCCAGGAGCUGGUGCGGAUGGACAGCAACACUCAAGGAAUUGAAAAUCCCGGCUUUGAGGCCUCUCCACCCUCCCAGGGGAUGCCUGAGACCAAGCCCAGGCCCCCACUAUCCUAUGUGGCCCAGAGGCAGACUUCUGAGUCUGGGCGGCACCUGCUCUCCGAGCCCAGCACUCCCCUGUCUCCUCCGGGCCCCGGAGAAGUCUUCUUCCCAUCCCUGGACCCUGUCCCUGACUCCCCAAACUUUGAGGUCAUCUAGACCAGCUGGGGGACAGUGGGCAGUUGUGGCUGGGUCUGGGGCAGGUGCAUUUGAGCCAGGGCUGGCCUUCCAGGUGGCCUCCUUGGCCUUAGCCCUGGUUUGCCUGCUCCUGUUCUGAGCCUAGACUCUGUGAUACUCCUGAUGCCCAGACCCUCAACCACUCUGGAUGCUACAUGGGGGCAGGGAGAAGAUGCUGGAACGCUCAGCCCCUGUCCCAAGGACGUUGGGGUGUUGGGAUCCCCCCUAGAGACCUGAAAUUCACCAGCUACAGAUGCCAAAUGCCUUAUAUCCUAAGAAGUCUCAGAAUUUCCAGCUCUGCAGCAGCCUCUUCCCUGGGACAUGCCUUGGGACGUGCCAGCAUGGAUGGGACAAGAUGGGCACUGGGCAGACUCCUGGUGUCCCCCUCCCAGGCAUGAGACACAGGACAAGAUGUGGGAGGCCCCUCCCUACUGUGACUGAUCUGGCCCCCCCAUCUCGCCUGAGGCUGCUCGUCUGUUAGGCUCCUCUUCACACCCACGGGGGCUCUGGGACCGGGUCUGUUCCCUGGCCUCUGGUGCCUUCCCCAGCUGCCUCCUAUCAGCAAUCGCUCAGAGGAUCUGUCAACAGGUGAAGUGUAUCUGGGGCUCCCACUGCCUGCAUUCUGGACUGCAGAGUUCAGUGGCCAGAGGCCCUGAAAGGGGAAGUCCAUAUUGGGGCACGGUGGCCACUGUGAGCCAACUGGUAUCUUGGGUAAUCUGAGGCCAGGCCAGAAGUUGCGCCACCCAUUGCAGUGAGGGAGGGCGGUGAGGCCUGCUGGGAAGGUGAGUGGAGAGGGGCUCCCUGGCCCUCCCUGUCCCCUCCUCCCACUGCUUAGCGUAGCAAGGUUGACCACGUAAUGUCUUGUCCACACUGGGACACUUCUGAGUACAAAAAGAGGGUGCUUUUAAAAGCUACAUGGCGCAACA